AUGCAUUCGCUGGUCCAGCCCAAUGAGUGGGUAGCACUGAAGCUGCCAUCUGGUUCGCACAAGAUCUUGCAAGUCGUGCCGAACACGACAAUAUCACUCGGAAAGUACGGGCUAUUUCCCAGCAAUCUCAUAAUACACCGGCCCUACCACUUCACAUACGAGCUCCUGGACAAGCAAGACAGCGAUCCCUUCUGCCGCCUCCGCGUCGUUCCCCCCUCAGAGCUCUACGCCGACGUCAUCGCAGAAGAAGAUGCCGAGCGAGCGAGCUCGGCCCCGGCCGACGACAACGACCGCAUAAUAUCGGCAAUGGACGGCGUCGAGUACAGCCUGGUCGACCCGGACAGCGGCGCCGUGGUCGCGCGCUCGGACCGCGAGAUCAUCGACGAGAGCGCCCGGCAGAAGCUGACGCAGGACGAGAUCGAGGAGCUCAAGCGCGACGGCACCGGCGCCGGGAAGGACAUCAUUGCCAAGCUGCUGCUGUCACACACCGCGCUGGACCAGAAGACGAGCUUCAGCUUGGCCAAGUACAAGCUGCUGAAGACGAAGAAGUACAUCCGCCGCUUCCAGGUCCUGCCCCUGGAUGCCGCGACGCUCGGGAAGUGGAUGGUGGAAGAGAAGGACGCUGCAAGAGUCCUGGACAUGCGAGAAGAGAUGAUGGCUCUCGUGGGAUGCUGGGCAAACGUCCAUUAUGGCGGCGAGGAUACCUUCCUGGGCGGUGACGAAACGGCCGCUGGGGAAGAUGCCGACAAAGAUCUGUUUGAGGAGAUACAGAAAGGGGUGGAACCUUCGAUAAGUGGAAGGUGGCUGGUGGUUGACGAUACUGGAGGCUUGCUGGUUGCCUCAAUGGCCGAGAGAAUGGGCAUUCUAUACCAGGAACAGGAGGUGGGAGAACCUCUGCCAGCGGCGAAGGAAGUUCCGGCGGGCACUCGCAACAGCAAUGACGGAGAGGCCGAGAUCAACCCCGAUGGUUCCCGACAACCGAAAAAUAAGACCGCCGGGGGGGGCAUUCCUUCGACGACUUCCCAUCGAAAUCGACACCAUCAUCAACCUCGGGGUUCCGACUUCCGCGUCCCUUAUUCACAAACCAAUACCAUCACACUCAUUCACUCGUCAAGUCAGCCGAACCUCUCACUCAUGAACUACUACGGAUUCGAUGUCGGAAACCCAAACCACCCGCCCCACCCCCUGACCACCCACCUCCUACCCCUCAGUUGGCUCCAGCUCGUCGACCCCUCCCUCGACAGCUCCUACUCCACCCCACCCCCCAUGGCCACGCCCGACGAGAUCGCGGCCUGGAAGCCGAACCAGCGCGGCAACUACCACCGCAAGCGCCGACGAUACGCGCGGGCGCGGCACAUCGUCGACGCCGCGCGGGCGGGCGGCUUCUCGGGCCUCGUGUGCGCCAGCACCAUGGACGCCGUCAGCAUCCUGCGGCACACUGUCCCGCUGCUCGCGGGCGGCAGCCCCGUGGCCGUCUACUCGGCGUCGCUGGAGCCGCUCGUCGAGCUGGCGGACUGCUUCAGCGUGGCGCGGCGGACCGCGUGGGCCGCGGGGGCGGAGGACGCGGCGGGGUCGCUGGAGCACUGGCCCGGGAGCGACGACUUCCCCCUCAACCCGACGCUGCUGCUGGGGUCGUCCAUACAGACCAGUCGGGCGCGCAGGUGGCAGGUCUUGCCGGCGCGGACGCACCCCACCAUGACGGAUCGGGGCGGCGCCGAGGGGUUCGUCUUCACGGCUUGGCGGGCUAGGCCUGCUGAGGGGAGGGUGGAGGCGAGGGGGAGGUAUAAGAGGAGAAGGAAGGAUGACAAGGCGGAUACACCGGCGGAUACGGGCGAUACGGGCGACACGGGCGAUGCUGCGUCCUUGUGA